AGAAAAGGUUAGGUCACGCGUAGCGCGCUUCGAAGAUGGCUUUAAGGGAUAGAAGAAGAAAUGCGAAAUUUCGGGAAAAUUUCCAAGCAUUAGAUGAUGUCCUUCCGACUGUGGAUUAUCGGCGGUCAAGGCUAAAGAUUAUCGUAGAUGCAACUAAAGAAAUGAAAUCGAAAAAUUCAUUUCUCGAUGAAUUUAGACAGCAUUAUAAUAUAAGUAAUGCUACAGAUGAAGAAGUUAUGGGACGUGUGAAAGAUGACAUUAUUCCUAAAGAAAAACAAAAAAAAGAAAGUGAGAAAGGAAAUGAGGAAGUUGUCCAGUCGUUCAAGAAAAUUACGCCAAGAAAAUUAUUCCCAAGUACGCCGAAGCAAAGUACGCCGGAGAAUAAAACGAAAAUUACAGAUUUUUAUUCCAAUGACGAAUUUUGGCAAAGAUUUUCACCAAGCAUGGCAAUCAAGCAUGGCAAGCGUCGCAAACUUGCUAAAGGAAAGACAUUUGAUUAAAUACAUUUUACAAAAAGUCUGAAAAAUCAGUUGAAUAAAAUUAACUUUGAAUUCAA